AUGGAGCCAGACGUAGAAGUGAAUGAAGAUUUCAAAAGCCAGUUUAAGGCUUAUCAGGAGCAACAGCAAAGGCGGCUGCAAAAUUUGAUGGAGAGGAAGAAGGACAGGCAGAACAGCCAGAAGAACACGGGCAGCACAAAGGAGACUGUACAAGCCCUGAGUGAUCUAAACCUGUUUAAAAAGGGACCUCCUGUAAAGGAAGAUGCCUGCAAAAGUUUGAUUGAGGCUGAGAAUGAGCAGCUGCAGAAUCAGCUCCGAGAGGUCCGGGAUGAGAACUGCAGGCUCUACAAACUGGUGUCAGAGAAAGAUUUUGAAAUAAAGCAGCUCCAGAAAAGAGUGCAGGAGGAGAGGUUGGCUCUGUCAGGGUUGUCUGGUUUAGCUGGAGAUGUGGCAGCCACUAAAAUAGUUGAGUUGGCCAAAAAGAACCGUGAGAUGACUGCUGAGUUUGAGAGUGAGAGAGCUAGAGUGAAGCAGCUGAAUCACAAAGUCAAGGAGCUGGAGAGAAAACUACAGGCAGCCACAGAAAAAAUCCAUUCCCUUGGUGGUGAUGCUGCAGGAAUCAAGGAAUCAACUCUGAAAAUGCUGGAAGGAAACUCGGCUGAAAGUCCAGAGGUGAAAACCCUGCAAGAAAAACUGAGCACAGCCAACAUAAAAGUGACAGAAUAUCGGAACCAGCUCCAGAAUGUGAAACAGGAACUGAAGCUGACCCAAAAGGUUUUAGCCAAAGAAGUUGGGGAAGAUGUGAAUAUCCAAAGUCUCUUGACCAAUUCUGGCAGCUGGCGUGGACGAGCUCAGCAAAUUCUUCUUCUCCAAACCAGGGUUCAAGAGCUGGAGCAUAGAUUGAGUCAAAACAAGAUCAGAACUUCACUACUUGAGACAGAUGAGGGAUUUCUGGAAUUUGCUGAUCCAAGGAAGGUGUCUGUCCAGGAGAAGAACUUGCUGAAGAUUCGCAGCUUGGAAAAAGAAAAGAAGGACUCUUUGGAGAAACUCACUGAGCAACACAACACUCUACAAAAAAGCCAUGAGGAAUUGAAAAGAAAACUUGAUGCCUCAAGAGCCAGGAACCAAAUGCUGUGUGGAGAAGUGAAGAUGCUGAAGGGACAGAUUGGAACCUUGCUGCAGAAAGGGAAACACGAUGAUGAACUCGUAGAUGCCUUGCUGAGCCAGCAGAAGCAAAUGCAGGAGAUCUUAAAGGACCUGAGCCAGAAGGAGGACGAGAGCAAGGAGUCUUGGCUGAUGGGGCACCACUUGAACAAUGAGAUCCAGAAACAGAACAGCCUGAUAAGCCAGCUCAGGGAGUUGGUGUCUGAUCGAGAAGCAAAGGUUCAAAUGCUGGUGAAGGAGAUUGGGAAAUUCACACUUGGGGACAAGUCAGGAGCUGCUCAUCCACCAUGCUCCGAGCACUCAGGAUCACCUGAGGGAUCAGACAGCAGGAAGACUGGAAGGACAGAAUCUGCCUGCACAGUGUCCACUAUGGGCCAUGUGCUCGUGGAGUCAGCAGCCACAGAGCCUUUCCUCUUCAGGGAUACCAUCCCAUAUGGAAGGUUUGAUGGCACAGACAGCUCGAGCUGGGAAGUGCUGGUGAGAGAGCUCAUGGAGCAAAAGGCUCUGUGCCAGGCUGCUGAAGUGGAGAGGAACAAGCUCCUGGAGAUGGUGACUGUGCUGCAGAAAAGGGUGAAGGAAAGCAGCAGUGAAAUCUUGGAAGCUGAGAAGAAGCUUGAGGAGGAGCGACGGCGGGGUGACAUCUUGGAACAGCAGCUUGAAAAGCUGCAGGUGGAUCCAGGGAACAGCAGAACUGCACAGAAACCUGCCCUGAGGAGAACAAAAGCCCACCCAAGCCUCCCCUCUCGUGUGAGUGACAGAGAGGAGCUCCCUGCAGCCCUGUCCAAGCUGCCCCUGGAAUCUCAGGUGGAGGAGCUGAGCAGAAGGCCUGGGAUCCAGCUGUAUGAGAACAAAGGCUGA